CCCAUCUCUGAGUCUCAGCUCUGUCCGCAGCGACGCCAUCUUCCUCGAUGACGUCAUCGCGGACAUCUACUACUUUCAGAAGUGAACCGGAAGUUGUCAUUGGUUAAUGGUAGCUAGCAGCUCGAUGACACACAUCAGAACAUCGGACUUGAUUAUUUAUUCUUGGUGCUUCAUCGACUAGUUCACAGUCAAGCGGAGCAAUCUGACCCUAGAUCGCCAGUAAUUCUUACUGCUCUGCCCCUCACCAUGGUGACCUAUUUGUGUACCUGAGCAGAGGAGGAUGUGUGAGGAACAGACGGUGUCUCUGGUUGAUGUUCUGGAGGAAGAUGAGGAGCUAGAGGAAGAAGCUUCAGCUGUGCUGGCAGGAAGUGACUCUGACCACUGCUCCUAUCCUCAGGGCUAUGUGAAGCGGCAGGCUCUGUAUGCCUGUAACACCUGCACGCCAAAGGGCAGCGAGGCGGCCGGCAUCUGUUUGGCGUGCUCCUACAAAUGUCACGAAGGUCAUGACCUCUUUGAACUGUACACUAAGAGGAACUUCCGCUGUGACUGUGGAAACGGGAAGUUCUCGGAGCUGCAGUGUAAACUCCAUCCGGACAAAGAUGAGGUAAACAGUCUGAAUAAAUACAGUCAGAAUUUCUUUGGAGUUUACUGCACCUGCGGCCGACCGUACCCGGACCCAGAGGAUCAGGUGGAGGAUGAGAUGAUUCAGUGUGUGGUGUGUGAGGACUGGCUGCACGGCCGGCACCUGGGCUGUGUGGUUCCAGACUGCGUGGAGCUUCAGGAGAUGAUCUGCGAGUCCUGUAUGAAAACACACUCGUUUCUCUGGACCUACGCUUCGCACCUAGCAGUACCGGGUGGAGCAGCGGAGGUGAAGGAGGAAACGGCAAAAGAGCCCACCAUUCCCAUCAAAGAAGAAGAGGUUGAUGAUGCCAUUGAGCCUAGCUGCAAGCGGAGCCAUGAGGAAGUGGAGCCGAGGUGCAGACUGAAGGAGCUGCAGGUAAUUGGUCAGAAAAGAGUCCAAUCAGGAGCUGUGUUCUGGCCUUCACCGUGGCGUUCCAAACUCUGCUCCUGCAGAAUUUGCCAGCUGCGCCUGCUUGAAGCUGGUCUGUCCUUCCUGUUGGACGAGUCAGACACAGUCCUCGCCUACGAAAACAAAGGAAAGAACAGUGAGCAGAGACGACAGGAAGACGACCCUCUGAUGUCAGCGCUCGACAACCUGAACCACGUGCAGCAGCUCGAGAUCAUCCAUGGAUACAAUGACAUGAAAACUGAGCUGAAGGACUUCCUGCAGAGAUUUGCAGCUGAAGGAAAAGUUGUGACAUCUGAUGACAUUCGUCAGUUCUUCGAGCAGCAGAGUCGUAAAAGACGCAGAGUUGAUGCCGGAGAGUUCUACUGCACCUGAUCCCCCCUGACCUCGCCUCCAUCUGCUGAUCUUUCAUCCCUGAUUAAAUGGAACCUGUUGUGUGUUUCCUGUUUUAACUUUUCUAUAAAAUCUGUCUGACAUGUUGAACAACCUCUUUGUUUCUCAGUAUUGUUUCCUUUUUAAACAAUCUAAUAAAACAAUCUGAACAUGGCAACAUUUGGAGUUACUUCAUGAUCAGUCAACUGAUUAGUCAAUCAAUUCUGCCAACUAAUCCUCUUAUGAAUCAGCUGAUAGAAUGAUUGAAAACUGAAAAACAGCUCAGAGACAAUAAAUACUUAAGAAACAAAGUUUCAGUUAAAGAAAAAAAAGCUAAAUGUGUGAAUGUGAAAGAGUAAAGAACCAGAAAAUAUGAAAAACCAAACUACAGAGGCCAAAUCAAUAACAAAACUAUUCAGGUGGGUUUUUAAGCGAUCAAUAAUAUUCAGAUGUUAUUUUUAAAACUUAGUUUAUUUUAAUGAUCUGAUUGAUGUUAUCUAAGAUGAGGCUAACGCAGCUGGCGCUGUCAUCUCAUUGGAUGGCCACUUAAACAUCCACAAAUAUUUUGAAAAAUGUAGUGUUUUUCUUUAUUUUAAAAAGACAAAACUGUGAAAGUAAGCACAAUUUUUUUCCCUCACUCUUACUUAACUGAAGCCUUUCAUUGAACUACUAAUUAAACAAAUUGGUACUCUCUGGCCAGGCAUGUGGCAGCACUUCUUCUAUCAUUCUGUUCAUAUUUAACAAAAAUGCUGCCAUAAGGGUACACAUUAGUUUUUGACUGCUAGUGAAAAUGGUUUUCAUUACAAAUAUCUCUAACUGAAAACCACAUGCAGGAUAAUUGGGUUUAUCAGCACUAUUAACAGUGUAAGAAUCACACACCAGUAGAGCUUUGGACACAUCCCAUUUGAGCCAACAGAUUACAUUUUCUCUGAUAUAUUUGUUGUCAGGUGCAGUUGCAGCUACAGUUACUGUUGCUAUGAUGAGAGGAGCUCCGUAGCCUAGAGAGAAUCCAAUGGCCAGCAUAGAUGCUUUAGACAACCCCCCAAAGACAUUAGUUGUACGGUAGAGCAGCAACAAAGCUGAGGCAAACAUCCAGAAAAACAGAGCUAGGUAGAAAAAUGGAUUAAAAAAAAGGUAGCUGCAGUGCACGCUGGGUUUUUUUUUUUUUUUUUUGAACUUUUGCAUCUGAAAUGGCCGCUCCAAUUAUAAACCAAAUGUUUGCAAUCAGGAGGGACAGUAAUGUUGACUAUGGCAACAUGACGCACGUAAGAGGUUUCAGUCGUUAUUUUUCUCCAUAUGAGUCCUUCAAUGAUGAGACAUAUGACCAAGGAAAUCAUGGACAGGCCAACUCCAAUGUAGGUUAUAAUGUCUAAACAGAGUUUCUUUGGAAUGUUUGGUGACAUGAGGAUGGAGAAUGAGGUCAGGUGGUUGCAGUUGCAGGUAACAGUUCUGUUAGAGAAUUGUGGAUCAUUAUGGUUGUCAUUGUGCAAGAUGAUUAGAUCUUUAGCAUGAAUGUUCACCUCUGUUUUCUACACAGACGCACACUCACGUUUCACUGAUCACAUCACAUGCUCACAGACACAUUCACACACACACACACAUCACAUGUUCACUGUUGCAGACACACACGACACAUGUUUAUAUGUAUUUUAUCUAUCGCAUGAUUAAUGAGAUGUUUGUGUAAACACUGAGUUAAUAAAAGAACUGCAAGAGGGGGCCAGAGUUGGAGUCGUCUGAGGUUUGGGUGCAGAGCUCACAGCUCUGAGAUUCUGACUGGGCUCCCCUUGCGCAACUUAAAACCAA